GGUACGAAGUGGGACGGGUGGGGCGGAUAAACCUAAAAUCCACCCCGCCUCAUCACCCAUGGCGGGUAUGGUUUUUAUCUCCAUCCCCGCCCCAUCACCCGCCAAACCAAGAUUCAUCCCCGCCCCAACGCAGCUCUCUUAUUUGACCCGCCCCAACGCGGGUCUCUUAUUUGACCCGCCCCACUGACAUCCCUAGAUAUGUGCUUUAUAAGUGGGUAAAAGACACUUGUAAUUUGAAAAAACAAAAAAAAAAAAAAAAAAAAAAGGUAGAGAAACAGAGUGUAAUUGGAUAGAGUUGACAUAUUUUGACUCAUAUAGUAUAAGCUACUCCGUAUAAAAUUAAAUGCUUGUUGUUACUUUAUUUUUCUUAAAUAAAUAAAUAAAUAUCUGGACUAAUAGAUUUAGAAUACUUUUUUUUAUUUUUAACUAGUAGAUAUACAAACCAACAGAGUUGUUUUUUUUUUUUUUUUAAGGAACAUACCAACAUAGUAUGACUAUGGGCCGUUACUGUUAACUUAGUGAAGUAUAACUUGAGGUUCAGGUUCAAUGCAUAAUAAUUCAUUGAGGCUCAGGUUCAAGGCAUAAUUACUUAAGUGGGGUCCAGAAAAGCUGUGAUGCAUUUAUAAAUCUAUGUGGUCAUUAGUUCUUCUUAUUAACCACAACUAAUUAUUUGCGGUUGAGGUUCACGUUGAAGUUGAUAGUUGUGAUAAUUUCUUGAUGGAAUCUUAAAGCUGCAACUACUGAGUAGUAUUUAUCUUCUCUCUUUGUUCCUUUAUUUCCCAGUUUAUAUUUCUGUAGUUUGAAAUUAAAAUUAAAAGAGGUGGUUUUUGGUGUUCUUGUUGAAGCUAAGGAAAUGAUAACUUGCGGAGAAGUAGAUUCUAAAGGUCACUUGGAAUUGAGGGAGGAUCCAGAGGCAUGGAUUAAAAAUAACCCUCCUUCUCGUCUAGCCUUGCGUUGUUAUGAAAAGGAAGAGGUAGGAGAAUCAAUAGGUGAGCUCACACAGCUCAUCCGCCUGGAAUUCUUGUACUGUGAUUCCCUGAAAUGUGUGUCUAACACCAUCACUAGGCUUCACAAAUUGGAGCACUUGCAAUUUUAUAAGUGUUAUUGUUUGGAAGAAUUGCCGGCAAAUAUAGGGCAGUUGGUGAGCCUUACUCAUCUCAAGCUUGAUUAUUGCGAGAACAUAAAGUUCCUUCCUGAUAGCAUUGUAAAUCUAUCCAAUUUGACUUAUUUAACUCUCUCUUCCUGUGAUUCCCUUGUUGAAUUGCCGGCAAAUAUAGGGCAGUUGGUGAGCCUUACCCAUCUCAAACUUAAAUAUUGCAAGAACAUAAAGUCACUUCCUUUGAGCAUUGCAAAUCUAUCCAAUUUGACAUCUUUAUCUCUCUUUUCCUGUGAGUCCCUGGUUGAAUUGCCGGCAAAUUUGGAUGGGUUGGCCCAUUUAUGUCUUCUUGAUAUUCAAUCAUCCAAAAUCAAGUGUCUUCCUUGGAGCAUCACGAAGCUACGCAAACUCCGACAUCUAAUGUUGCCCGAACAUUUCAGACUCGAAACGUUGCCAUAUGACUUGAAUCAUUCGGUCAUCAUUUCUGUUAAAGAUAGGCAUGUUCGCAAAUCCUGGGAGGAACUUAAAACAGAGAUAGGAGAAUUGCCCAUUCCUUUUGGUGGAGAAAUAAGAAAUGAUGCAGCUCAAAAUCCCUCUAUCAUAUCUCCUCCUGGUUAUCUCCGAUUGAAGGAGGAUGAUCCUUCGCAAUGGAUUAUUAAUAACAGAAAUUUACUCAUGUUGGUUCGAUUUUUGGACUUGGAAAAUGUUAAGGAGUUAACAGAUUCCAUAAUGCAAUUCAGUGAGCUCACCCACCUCUAUCUCUACUUCACUGAUCAUAUUUGCCUCCCGGAUAACUACUUUGUCACAUUCACAAGGCUUACACGUCUCUCUCUCGACUCUUCUGAUGUUGAAAUUGAUGAGUCCGUUAUUCACAGCUUAAGCAAGCUAUCCAAUUUACAAACACUACAUCUGCGAUUAUCCAUUUAUGAUAGCUUGGAAAAUUUUAAUAUGCCUGUCAGCCUCAAACAUCUCUCUUUAUCAUCUUGCAAUAUGAGGCCACUUUAUGAUAGCUUGGAAAAGUUAACUAACUUAAGGAGUCUGGAUCUCAAUUCCUGUGAUUAUUGCGAGUCAUUGCCACCAUGUAUGUAUAUUCACAAACUCAGGCUUGUGGAUUGCUCCUUCGAGUCACUUGACUCACUUCCUAUUGGCCUACAUCACCUGGAAAUUUUGUUUUUCAAAGAUUAUAAUGACCUGAGAUGUAUCUUUGAAAAAUGUUGGAAUAAAUUAGUCAACCUGGAGACACUCUCCAUUACAUGUUCUAAAAUGGAGUUCUUUCCUGAAGAUAUAGCAAGACUCCACAACUUGCAAGAAUUACAACUCAAAGACUGUAUCAGCCUCGAAAAACUACCAUCAAAUCUACAUGAGUUAGUCAAUUUGCAUACUCUUGAUAUCAGCGUCACCAGAAUCAAGACCCUUCCUCCUAGUUUUGUGAAGCUGCGCAAUCUACUACACUUAAUCCUCCCCAAGUGUUUUAACUUUGAAAGAUUGCCAAGGAAUCUGAAGCAAGUGUCCAUCAUCGAUGACACAGAAGAAGCAUACUACAAGAGCAACGCCUAUGAUGCUUCCCUUUACCAAGCCUCAGCCUCCGAUGAAAGCGAAGAUGAAGUAACUGUUGUUCCUAGAGAAAUUCAUGAAACUGUCCCUGAUGAGCAGACAUCAGCAGAUCCUUUCAACAGUAUAAGUAUGGGCUCUAUUGAGCACAUAACAACAGCACAAGGUGGUAUUGAGCAAGAUAAUGGUGAGAACAGUCAUCAUGAUUUAGAAAAUGGGCAGAAACAGGUCCCUCAACACAAUAAGGUGGAGAGAAAUAGUAGAAUUGAAAUAUCUGAAGAGAAGCUACAACAAUGUUGGUCCGAAAACCCGAUGUCACUACAAGAAACUGCAGAAAAAAUAUUUGGAGUAUCGAGGUCUACAUUGAAACGAACAAUAAAAGAAUUGGGUGUCGAGAAGUGGCCAAGAAAAGGAAGAAAACAACAGCCUGAUGCAAAGAAGAGGAAAACAAACAAUACAGCACCAUUUGAAAGUUAUUGCUCACAACAGAAUGUGGUGAACCUAGGUAGUUCAGCAGCUCACACGGAAAAUGUGCAGUGUAUAAUGGGAUCAGACCUGCAUUUGGAAGAGCCCUUAAUUGAAAGCCAUAUGGAUAUCCAGCAACAAGUCCAAGGGCAUCUGGAAGGCGCUCUUCAUACAACUGAAAGUUCAGGCACAAUUGUUGUAAAAGCCACUUACAAGGAGCUUUCAGUGAGAAUUGUUUUCUCUUUGACUUUACCGAUUAAUCAACUAAUUGAAGAAAUAGGCAUGAAGUUCCAACUUGAGUUGAACAAAUAUAGAUUGCUUUAUCAAGAUGAAGAUAAAGAGUGGAUGAUGCUGACUAGUGUGGAAGAUUUGAAGUAUGCUUCGAAUGUUGCUGAAUCAUUGGGAACCAAGUUUGUUAGAUUGUCUGUUAUUGACUAUGUUGUUUAAUACUGUAAAACUAUUGCUUAUAGUUGACAUAUUUUGACUCAUGUAAUUAAAUGUUGUUACUCCGUGUUACUUUUUCCCUUCUUAAAAGUAGGAAUAGUAAUGUGAGGAUUAAUAAGAGAGAAGUAAAAGGAGGGAAGAAAAUAAGAUUUCCAUUAUUUUCUAAAGGAAAAUAUUUUCCACCGUAUGUAUUUAGAGAGUGAUGAAAUGGGAGAUAUCAUAAAAGUAUAAAUCUUAUGAAUAUAGAGAGAUAAAAUAAAUAUUACGAAGUACAAGCUUAGAGAAUCAGAGUGUAGAGGAAAAUGAGUCUUGUUAUUCUCACACAAAGAUGUUAAUUAUGGGUCAGGUCAUUUCUGGUUGUUUUGUGUUUUGAGUCUGUAGGGUUAAGAUCGGGUUGCGUCACUUUGGGUUUCGGGUCGCUUUGGGUAUCGAGUUAAUUUGGGUAUAAGAUCAAUUUCGGGUUAACAUUUUUGGGUUAAUUUCGGGUCAUGGAUCGGGUUAGGAUUGCCGGGUCAAUGUCGGGUGAAUGGGUAAUUAUUUAGUGAGGUCCAAGUUUUUUUUAUUUUUUUUUUAUUUUUCAAGGUUCAGGUUCAAUACACAACUAGUUUUUAUUUCAUUAUUUUUUUUUUUAAGAAAAUAAGGUUCAGGUUCAAUAUACUUCGUACAACUUAGUGAACUAGGGUUGAUUGUGGGGUCCAGAAUAGUUGUGCUGCAUUAUUAAUCUGAUAAUCUCUAUGGGUUGUUCAUCAAUCCCUAUCCACCUCACUUUUUUUUUUUUUUUUUUUUUUAGGGGGGGGGGGGGGGGGGG